AUGUCUGACCGUACCGCCAACGCCGUCCCGGGCCUCCCCGCCGCCCCUGCCUUCCUCUCGUCGGCCAUCAUCUCCAACGGCUUCGUCUUCGCCUCGGGCCAGAUCCCCAUGACCCCCGAGGGUGUCCUCGUCAAGGGCACCAUGACUGAGCGCCUCAACCAGUGCAUCGACAACCUCGCCAAGGUCCUCAAGGCCCACGGCUCGGGUGUGGAGCACAUUGUCAAGACCAACAUCUUUGUCACCUCGUACGAGCACUUUGACGAGAUGAACAAGGCCUACACCGCGCGCAUGCCCACCCCGGCCCCUGCUCGCUCGUGCAUCGGCGUCGCCGUCCUCCCCCGCGGCACCGACAUUGAGAUUGAGUGCGUCGCCGCCGUCCCCAAGGCCAAGCUCUAA